AUGGCAAAUCACCCACGACUCUCUUCAACCGCCAUUAUCAGCCAUCAAUACCGUGCUCCAGCUACACAUCCAAUUGAUUUGAUAAUCAUAAAGGAGAGGACUCGGGGAGAUAACUUCACUGUCACAGACAUCAACAACAACGUUAUUUUCACUGUUAAAAGUCCUCUUGUAACCAUUGUAACACCACGCCAACACCGGUUCUUGUAUGAUGCUAACAGAAACUCUAUUCUCCAUCUUCGUAGAUCGCUGCUAGCUGCGGAUGAUAAAUGGAAAGCAUAUAGAGGUGAAAGUGAAGAGCCAAAUGAUCUUGUCUUUACUAGGGAGCGUUCCUCGUUAAUGCAGCUAAGGACCAAAUUAAAUGUGUUUUUGGCAAAUAAUAGCGCACAAGUUUGUGAUUUCACUGUCAAAGCAAGUUUAUCUCAACUAACUUGGAAAGUUUACCUUGGCAAUUCGGACAAUCUUGUUGCUCAGAUAGAGAAGCAGCGUGGUACUAUGUUUAGCAGGGAAAAGUACAUGGUCAGUGUGGCUCCCAACAUGGAUUAUGCAUUCAUUGUGGCUCUAGUUGUGACUUUUGAUUAA